AUGACUCCCACACCACCGUCCACGACGCCCUCCUCAGGGUCGGGUCGCUCUCCUGAGGAGCAGUUCCGAGUCGUGAGGAAGAGAAACAGAGUUCCUCUCAGCUGUUACCCAUGUCGGACUAGGAAUAACUGCGUGAAGCGUGAGGGCGGUGACACAUCCUCAUGUUCUUACGCGACUCCUUCCGCUCGUAAAAAGAAUCAAAGUCAAGGCGCUUCGAGCCCUGAUGAUAUGCAGAAUCGUAUUGACCGCUUAGAAGGCCUAGUUUUGUCUUUGAUGCACGGGGGUGCCACUAUUGAUCCCUCUACCGCAGCAGCAGCCGCCGCAGCAACAGGCUCGUCGACCGGGAAAUCGAACACCGACAGCACACCUCCGUCGGCAAAGGUAGACCUCGACGACGAAGCACAGAUGCAUGACGACGAGGACGACGACAGCGAUCCUGAUGGCGAGUUGGCGACUUCUUUGGGUGUUUUGAAAGUCGACACUGAAAAGGGCAAGUCCAUGUAUAUCGGCCAGGAGCAUUGGCACACGAUCUUGAAGGAUAUAUCAGAGGUCAAGACUUACUUCAAUAACCACAAGAAAGAUCUGGAGAGGAGCUACGAAAAGGUCAUGAUGUCAAAACCGCCCAGCGCUAGAGAGGGGCCCACGUUUCUCCUGGGAGCAACGCCCGCUAGCGAAGUCGAGCUGCGAGCAGAGCUACCGCCCAAGUCGGCCAUUCUGGCCCUUUGCUCACGAUACUUCAACUCGAUGGACAAUGCGGUGAACAUCAUCCACGCGCCGACAUUCCAGCAACAACUUCGCGCACAUUGGCAAGACCCUUCAAAAACGCCAAUCAUGUGGCUGGGCCUUCUGUACUCGAUCUUGUGCCUCGCUAUGCUGAGCUAUCACAAGGUUGGGGAUGAGCCGCCUGAGUGGAAAGGAAGAGCAUUGGAUUUGGCAGCAGAGUACCGGCUGCGGACCGUCCAAUGCUUGGUUGCCGCCGAUUACACGAAGCCAGUCGAGUACACAGUAGAGACUAUGCUUCUCUACGUCUUUGGGGAAUACUCGUCAAGGUGGGAUGCCGAUCUGGGCAUCUGGUUGAUCGUCUCGCUACUCAUCAGAGUUGGGUUCCGGAUGGGUUACCACCGCGAUGCAAAGUGGUUCCCCACUAUUACCCCUUUCCAAGCUGAAAUGAGGAGGCGAACGUGGGCAUUGGUGAGGAUGGCCGAUGUGUUCUUUUCACAUCAGGUCGGUCUCCCAUCGAUGAUAUACGGCCACGAUUGCGAUACUCAGUUGCCGAAUAACAUCUUCGAUGAGGAGUUCGGACCGGACACCAAGGUUCUGCCCCCUUCGCGGCCGAAGACGGAGCCAACUCCGAUAGCGUACAUGAUUGCGAAAUCAAGGCUGUCCACCGAGAUGGGCGACAUUUUACAGGCAACCAACCGGGUGGGCAGACAACUACCGUACGACGAAAUUCUGCGGUUUGACGCCCGCCUUCGGGAAAUCAACGAUGAAAUCCCGCCGCAUCUCAAAGUGGCUUCCAUGGAGGGCUCACACGAUCCCGUCACCUUGAUCGUUGCGAGGUUCAAUAUCAACGUCCUUUAUAACAAGAUCGUCUGCCUGUUGCACAAGAAGUACAUUCCGCGGGCCAGACGCAACCCGCGGUAUGCCUAUUCACGUAGGACCGCGGUCGAGGCUGCAUUGGAGACCUUGCGGCAUUUGAUCACCCUUGAUCGGGAAUCACAGCCAAAUGGCAGACUCCGGUCUCUCAGGUGGUUUGUCAAUUCAAUAGCGACCAAGGACUUCCUCCUCUCAGCCUCGCUGGUCGCUCUUGACCUCCACUUUGAUCGAGUCGCCGAGACGAGCAGUGAUCGCAGAGCGUCGGAGACAGUAAUGUUCUGGACGCUGGAGCAAAGGAUGGAGAUGAUUAGGAGCCUCGAGCUUACCAAAGACAUAUGGGAAGGUCUCGCCGACGGGUCGAUCGAGGCCUACAAGGCGUCAAAGGUCCUCGAGAUCAUGUUGCAGAAGAUCAAGAGUCCGACCGCUGAGGAGGAGGCCUUGAAGGGUGACUUGUACCCGCCCUUCGACAGCAGCCCCGAGAUGGAGUCGGAGCACAACGCUGCUAUGACGUUGGGCAUGCUGUCCGGUGGAAUGACGCCCAAUACGGCAGCUGCCAUCGAGAACAGCUUGCAAGCGUCGACCAACUUUGGCGGCAUGGAUUUCGGGGUGUCACUACCUAUGGCGGGGACGGGCAUGACGCCCAACUUCCAAGGCGACCUUGGUAUGAACAAUGCGGGGUCACCAUUCUCAAUGUUUACGAACCUUGAGGCUGGCGCCGAUUUCCCUGCCAAUUUCGACUGGAACGCCUUCGAGACGUACACUCAAAACGCGAACUGGGCCCCCGACACUGGGUUCCAGCAGGUCUAUCCGGGUCAGUCCUCGCCGGAAACAGACGCCUCCGGGAACCCCUUUGGCAGAGUCAACGGCAACAACAUGGCCGGCUAG